UAUAGUACACGCAAGGCGGCGGUAAACAAACAGCCGUAACUUCCGCUUAUGAACACAGAGGUUCCACCACUACAGAACUAAGACUUGUUAGAAAACUGAUGUUUGUGGAGAAUAAUGGAUGACCUGUCGGCUAAUAAGAGCAACAUGCCCUGUCAGUCUUGGAUUGACCAUAAUAGCUGGUCUACAACUUCAAAUCAAGGAUCUCUCCUGAACCCCCAGCCAAGCUCUCAGCAUCUUAGCCUGGGCCCGUCUUCUGACCAGAGAUCCUCAUACAAUCACCUGCAAGACCUGCCAAAUCAGAGCUGUAUGAGAGACCUCAGCACCUUAUCAUCCAGAAACAACACUCAUCACUCCACCCUAUACAAAGCCCCUCAGACUAAUGACAAUCCAUCUUCCAGCAUGCUGUUUACCAACACUGCUAUGCCGAACGUGUCUCAGAUUCUUCCCUUUCAACAGGAGAUCCCUCACGCUUCAUCAAGGUUUCUUCCUGCAAACCAAGGAACAAGUAUCUCACCACUCUCUCUUGCCCAAAGAAACCAAGCACAACAAAACCUACCAAUUUUCUCACCACACAACCAAUACAAGGUGUCAUUUCAACCUCCAACAACAACUCAAGGAUUACCAAAUGGAUUACCAAAUGGACUUCAACAUUUUGCCAUCAGCCCUGCAUCAUGUGGACAACGUGUAAGUACAUCGCAGGCUACUUAUGACGGAGCAAAUGUGGAGUUUGCUGGUGUUGCUGAAUGCACUCACAGCUAUGCCUCCUCCACUUCUCAGGAGCAGUACCAGUGGAUACCACCACCACAGUGCAGGGAAACUGUGAACGAGUCCAUCCCUGACGCAGCCGCUCAUCCCAACAAAGAGCAAUUGCAAGACGGGAGAACCAACCUGAUGGUUAGCAACGAAGAACAGCGUUUGGUGCUUUUGAAUCAGCGUGAGAAACUACUCCAAGAGCUGGCCGAGCUGGAUAAAGCUCUGGGAUCAUUACCUCCAGAAGACAGCAGCGAUGGGCCGCCUCCAUGCACAGCUAAUCAGUCUCCUCCAUCAAUGGAAGAUACGUCUCAGGGUGAAGAAUCUAAGAGCAGUGAUGCCCAGCAGGUCCAGCUGUCUGAUGGAAAGGCAGAGAAAGAAGAGUGUGCCUCUGCAGAGCCAGUGGAUGACAGUAAUCCUGAUAAUCCUUUGAGUGAUGAUGACUUCUCCGAGUUCAUACCUGACCCGGCCGGGUUUUCUUCAGACAACUCCAGCUACAGCAGACCCUCAAGCCCCAUAGACGUAAAACCUGUUCUCCCAGUGCAAGAAAGUGACAAACUGGAAAGUGUGGAGUGUAAGACUGAAGAUGUCACUUCUCUAAAGGAGACCAGAGUCUUUUCCUGGAAGAAGUCUGCAAAAACUGCAGUGACGCCAACUUCAUAUUGUAAAGAGAAACGUGUUUAUAGAAGGAAUUACUGUCUGUUUUGCUCCAAGCCAAUUCUCAAAAUGUCACGCCAUUUGGAGCAGCAUCACAGUGACAAACCAGAGGUCGCAGUUGCAUUUCAGUAUCCCAAAAAGUCCAGAGACAGGAUGAAGAUAUGGAGAAGACUAACAAAUCAAGGGAAUUUUGCUCAUAACAAAGUUGUCUUGAAAACGGGGAAGGGCCAACUUGCUGCCAAAAAACGCCCGAAUUCAACUGGACAAGCACAAGACUUUCUUCACUGUCUUUACUGCCGAGGUCUUUUUAAGAGUAUAAGAAGGCACAUAAAAAUGUGUCCUGAGAAAGUGAAGAAUGAAGAUAAGUCAGAGGUUGAGAGAAGACGUACUGCAUUGCUGUGUGUGAUGGAAGCUGCAGACGGCCUUGUCAUAACUGAUGGUUUGAAGGACAUUUUGUCCGUGAUGAUUUAUGAUGACGUGACACGGACCAUCAUGGACGAUAGUAUUCUCCUGCAGUUUGGUGAGUUGUUGUUCUCCGAGCACGGCUCUAACGAGAAGAAGCACCAAUAUGUAAGACAACACCUUCGUCAGGUAGCAAGACUUGUGAUGGAAGCUCAAAAGAUGAGUUCUCUGAAGAAGCUGGAAGACUUCUUCACGCCCUCAAACUUCCCACAUGUGAUAUCUGCAGUCAAAGUUCUGGCUGGCUACGAUCCAGAAAAAAAAACCUACAAAGUGCCUUCACUUGCUGUCAAGCUUGGCUACGACUUACAGAAGGCCUGCAGUAUUGUCGAGGGUAACGCAGUCAAGUGUGGGGACGAAUGUAAGGCCAAGUCUGCGCACGAUUUCCUGUCGGUGUACCAGAAAAAAUGGGCCAGGCUCAUUUCUUCGGGUGCAUUAAAAAUGAUCCGAAAAUCCAAAUCGAACGACAACAAAAAGGUGCCCUUUGUGAGAGAUGUGAAGCAGCUGAAUUUCCACUUGGAGAAAGUUCAUGAAGUUGCUGAGAAAACACUCAGAGACAGCCCUUCUGAAGAAAACUACUGUGCCCUGGCAAAGGCAAUACUUGGUCGGACAAUACUUUUCAACAGGAGAGGGGCCCGAGACGUGUCAUUUGUGGAGCUACAAGCUUUUAUGUCACGGAAAAAGUCGAGCUCGCAAACUGGCCUGGACGUAUCCGUUUCCGAUUUGGAAAGAGCCAUGUGUGGGUACUUCACUAGAAUUGACAUACGAGGGACGUGUGGGAGAAAUGUCCCGAUCUUCCUAAAGCAGUCAUUCGAGUCAGCGUUGGAGCUCCUGGUGGAGUGUCGGGAGACCUGUGGAGUGCCCCAGAAGAACCCAUUUCUGUUUGGCAGACCCCGUUUAAUGACAUCCUACUUUGGGUCACAGUGCCUCAAAACGUUUGUAAAAGCCAGUGGCGCUAAACACCCUGAAGAACUGACUCUAAAAAGGAUCAGGAAGCAUUAUGCAGAAAUGCUCCAAAUAAUAAACCUGGAUGAAAAUGAGGCCAACCAAAUUUUAGGUCCUAAUAAUCCAGUUCAAGCCCUGCGACAGGACAGUGACAUGCAGCUGAAAGACGUGAAGACGGACUACAUUGCACGAUUACAUGAAGCUGCAUCACAGGAUCACAACGAGCAUUCCAGAGCAUGCGAUGAACCAUCAACAUCCAACCAACAAGGACAUGCAAAAACGAGAGGCAACAACAGGACAACACCGCGGCAAUCUGCCGACUCUGAUAAAAAAGGCUCACAAAGUAAGCAGAUUCAUAGGACAUGGGAUGAAGCCGAGGUUCUAGCUGUUGAAAGGCACAUGAUGCGUUUCAUACGAGGACACAAGGUGCCUCAGAAGGACGACUGUGUUGAUUGUCUUGAGGAUGAGCCAGACGCCCUGAGUAGCCGCUCAUGGAAAGGUGUAAAGGACUAUGUGAGAAACAGGAUCACUGCCCUAAAAAGACAAAGCAAAACUGAAAAGAGAAAAAGAAAAAAAAACUGACUGAGAAAAGUGGAACCACACAGGACUGGUUUUUUGAUGUGAUAAUUUGCUGAAGUAAAAAAAAUACCUUUGUAUUGAUUUGAUCACUCGCAGCUCUCUGUUGGUCUUUUUCACUUUUAUACAGUACAACAAUGUGAGCAUUUCCAUUCCAGAUCGUUUGGUAUACUUUGCUUUGAAAUUACUGUCAUUAAAAAUAGCAAGCUCGUAA